GUUCUUUUGUGUACAUUUAUAAUUGAUAAUAUACAAAUUUAUCUAUGGUGUUACAUAUAUUAUGAUAAAAUGAAAACCACGUACUAAUAAUAAAUAUUAUUAGGUGAUGUCAGUAUUUAUAAAUAAGUAUUGAAUUUCAUUGUUUAAAAAUAAUUUGUAUCGAGAAUUACUUCGAAGAUGCAUAAAAAACAAACAUCUUCAGAUUUUGAGAUUGCACCUCUAAGAUCUUUGGGCGAUUUUCUUUUAGAAGCCGCCCGUUUUCAAAUACCAAAUGUAAAAGAUUUCGAAAGAUGGGGUAAUAGAGUUACACAAAAUUUGUUAUACUACCAAACGAAUUAUUUCUUGAUGUCCAUUCUGAUAUUUAUAAUAGUGGGUAUAAUACAUCCUAUUAAAAUGGCUUGUGGGAUAUUAGCAACAGCUGUACUUUUCAUGAUUUUUGUUUAUAUUACAAACGAAAAGGCGAGUGCUGCUAGAUUUAAAAAAAGACAUCCAAUUGUUUCGAUUUUCGUCAUUUUUGCUUGUGCUUAUUUCCUCGCAUACAUGUUACAAUCCCUCAUGGUUUUCCUUCUUGGUGUUUUAUUACCUGUGGCAGCAAUUUUCAUUCACGCUUCUUUGAGAUUGAGAAACAUGAAAAAUAAAAUUGCUAAUAAAGUAGAGAGCUUGGGUCUUAGAACAACUCCUAUGGGAUUUUUUCUUGAAGAAAUGGGUCUGGAAAGUGAGUUAUUCUGAAAAUCUGUCUAAUUUACUUGAUAUAUCCUCAAAAGGUCAUAAUUAGUACUGAAUAAUUGUUCUAUUUGCUAUUUUUAAAAAAAUUUAAAGAGGGUUUGAAAAAAAUGACACAUUUAGUGAUAUGUAUGUAGCUUUACUGGAUAAUCAUGAUUUAAACUACUUGUAUACUAUUUUAGUUUUUGUAACAUUCAAUGUAUUUAGAGCGUAUUCCAACUACAAAAUGCAGUAUCAAAACUUGAUAAAAGUUAUUUUGUGAAUGUUGCUUCUUAUAAUGAAUACAUAUUCCUUUUAUUUUUGUUUUACUUGGUUUUUUAACAUCAAAUUGGAUAGGUGACGUCUUCUGUAGACCAUACACUGUCUAAACUCAUGCCUCACUUUACAUUACCAAAUGUCGAUGUCCUCUGAGAACCUUUUGAUGUCAUUAGGUAGGUGUGAGGCUUGUCCAAGUAUUUGAACCGCACUCACACAUGACAUCGUCUGCAGUUUCAUUCUCUUCCAUGUACUAGCGGCACUCCAGAUCAUCCAUGAUGCCCAGGAGGUGACCAAGUCUGAUCACUAGUUGAAUUUCGCGCUUAUUUAGUUGGAGCAGUUGUUUGGUAAGAGAAGCAGAGGGUCCAUCUAUGUGUUCUUUCUCUUGUCUUAUACCAGGUGUCUCUAUCCAUCUCCACAGAGGGAUAGGGAUUAAAUUGGAGGUAUUUUAAAAUUUCAUAGUCCCUCAUUUCAAAUGAGACUGUUUUGCUAUUAUGCCAAGCAACUGUAUGGAGCCCAUUUUUAACAAAAGAGGGUAGGUUAUGAAAUUGGACGUAAACAGAAUAUUAUAUUCAGUAGGAAACAUACAAAAUAUCUUCAGUAAUCAUCACAACUCAUUUCAUCACUCCGAGACAACAUGAGAAUAGAUGGAUAAACUUCCUUGUAUUAAUUCGAAUAAAAAAUUUCCAAAUUGGUUCAAAAAUAUUUCAUUUACAAACAUUUUUUCACCAAAUAGGCGACCACACAAAUAGAUAUAUUUCAAAAUAGAUUUCCACGUCAUUUGAUUGUUGCCAGUUUUAAUUUGGGGAAAUUUCACCUCUAAUUCUGUUUGUAUGUCCUGUACUGGCAACCCUUCCAAUGGUAUACAGAAUAUUUGUGGUUUGUGCGCGCUAAGAUCAUUUUUUCCAUCAAGAUUUACAGUUUUUUUCCAUUUAGAUCCUUUUCGCAUCCCCAAAACUAUCUAAUUGCAUAAUCAGUAUAAUUUGAUGGUUUUCGAUUUCCCCAUCUUGUAAAUCAACAUCAUUUGUUCAGAUUGCUCUACUUUAUAAAACGUUAUGUAUAUUAUUUUAUAGAUAUUAUUGUUUUUAUAAAUUUAUAUAUAAACAGAUAUUUUUUUGCUCAUAUAUAUAUUAGUAUUAUUCAAUUUAAUAAAGAUAUUUGGAAUAAAAAAAA